AUGGGUUUCUUCGUCCCCCUGGCCCUCCUUAUAGCAGCCGUUUGGUGCACUGUCGGCAUCCUCCUUGCAAAAUGGCUCAAGCAAUCUGGUCACGCGCGGCCGUUUAAAGGAAGAACUUUCAGCAGCAGGGAGUUGUAUGGUGGUGGUGUGGGGUAUGGGAGAGUGGAAAAUAGUUUUGGACAAGGAGCGGCGAGUGAGGGGAGAGGGCAAGAAGGCAGGGAGAGGGGGGUCGGUAUUCCUCUGACAGGGGUAGGAAGGGUUAAGGGUGUUUGA